AUGUGUCUCGAUUAUUUGGAAUACAUUUCCGCAUGGUCUCGCGAUUAUCAUGUGUACCAUGACAAAUGGGAUCGGGCCCUCCCCUCUCAUACCAUGAAGAACGGAAACAGCUGGGCGUUCUCCGAAGAUGAUAUCAAGACGUACGGAAAUAUCAUUGAACAGAAUGCUGGAGGCGCGUAUCUUGCACCGAACCCUUACUAUCAUCCUGGCGCACCUCGGCGGCCACGUCGGCCUUGA